CUUCAUGACUUAAAUCAUUUCAUUUGCGUUGUUUUGUUUGUUAAAUUAUGCUCAACAACUCUUUCCGGAAACAAUCAUGUUCGAGUUGAUUAUUAACGAAAACUAUAUUAAAAAAAUGUUUUCAAGAACGUAACCAUCUCUAACCAACAACAACUCUUGAACAAUACUUUUAACAACUUGCGUUCGAAGCAAGAAACUGCUCCUCCUCCAUCAUCUUCCUCUAUUGAUCUUCUUCAUAUUCUCAAGUUUACUUCAAAAAAAUUGCGAGUUAAAGAAAAGAGAGACGAAAAAACUACAAACUAAGAAAAUUCAGUGGAUUGCUCAAUCUGCACCACAAUGCCAACUAUUUUAAGACCACCAAGGAACACAAUACGUGGAUCGUGCUACGAAGGGGCUAAAACCACAAUCGCGCUGCUCAAGAAGCUUGAGGGCUCGAAAGAAGAUCAUGACAACUCGACCCAAGAGUCCACCGUCAAGGAUGGCUCAUCUCUAUCUUCUUCUCCUUUGUUUUCUUGUGAGCCACAACCAUUAGAGAAGGUAAUUAAAUGGAUGAAAAACAUGAAAGAAACCGAAGAAGAACAGAAGAAAAGGAUAGUCUUUUUGAGCAGCUUUGUUACGGGUUUCAAAGAACAGCUUCAUGCUGACAUUCUUCUAAAAGCGGGCGAUGAUGGCCCUCCAAAACAUCAAGAGAGUAAAACAUGUGAAUUACUAUCAAUUAGCACAAGGCACACGAAUCUAACGCUGAUAGAGUUAAACAAGCUAAGAUUCCGAUUAGGGCAUAUAUGUGUAGCUUUCUGCUAUGGACAGUUCUAGCGAAGUCCAAUUAUUUGUUAAUA